AUGACAACAAAACGCGAUUGGCAUCACCAAGUUGAACAUGAACGAAUACCAGCUAAUGAAGUCUAUGAAAGUGAUGGAAAAACAAUUCGUAUUGAAUAUCGAGAAGAAAAUGGAACUAUUUAUAAAACAACAAAAACAUAUCGAAAUCAAAAAUUAAAAGUUUUACCAAUUGUUGCUGAACGAAAAAAAUGGAAAAAAUUUGGUAAUGCAGCUAAUGAUUCACCAGGUAUUAAUACAGCAACAACUAAAGUUGAUGAUGAAAUAACAAUGCAAUUUAUUUCAAAUAAAGAAGAUAAUAAACAAGAUGAAGAAAAACUUAUUAAAGAAGCCGUAUCAACUUUAAGAAAAGUGCAAUGCCGAUUAUGUAAAGGAGAACAUUGGACAACUAAAUGUCCAUAUAAAGAUAAUCUUCAAUCUUAUAUGGAUCAAUCGACUGAUAAGCCAGCUGAAAAUGCUCCACCUUCAUCAACAAAUACAACAUCUCAAGGUCAACAUGCACCAAGUGGUGGAACUUCUGGUGAAGCAACAACUGGAAAAUGGGUUUCAGCAAGAGUACAACGUUCUGGUGCAGGUACUGCCUAUCCUGGUGAUAGAGGAGGAUCAACACGUGGUGGUGGUAGUGGAUCAUAUGGUGGUAGAAAUAGCGAUAUGAGAAAAGAUGAAGCAACAGUUCGAGUAACAAAUUUACCUGAAGAAACUCAAGAACAAGAUUUACGUGAUUUAUUUACUCCAUUUGGUCCUGUUAGUCGAGUAUUCUUAGCAAAAGAUAAAACAAAUAAUACAUCAAAAGGUUUUGCUUUUAUAACAUUUAAUGAAAAGAAAGAUGCACAAAAAGCUAUUGAAUGUGUAUCUGGAUUUGGUUAUGAUCAUUUAAUUCUUAAAGUUGAAUGGGCAAAGUAAUUUAUUUUACAUUAACACAAAAUUUAUUUUAUUUUAUUUGUUUUCUUUUUUUACAUUUUAGUAAACCACAGAAUCAAUAAAUAACAACAACA